UAACCAGCCGCCCUCCACCAGAGGCUCCUUUAGCUAGCAGCGUCACAUUCUUUUGCCAAGCGAUUCUUCUUGGAGUGAUUUUUCACCAAAGUUGCAACCUGCGCCUCCCUCACACUUCCAGCAUCUGCUAAGUUGUGAGCGAGGAAGCCUGUUAGAGCUUCCGCCAACCGGAGUUUGUCGUUCAUUUCCAUUUUUCUUUUUUUGUUGUUGUUUUUUUUUGGUUUCCAGGGUCUGUCAACGCCGCUCGAGUGUCCGGAAGUGGCGAGCGGAGCGAGGAGGGAGAGGAAAGAAGAAGAAAGAAAAAAAGCGGAGAAAAAAGGCAUGAAAAAAAGGGUCAGGCGCAGCACAAUUCUUACCCGAGCACUCACAGCUAUCCUCGGCGCAGUCUCGACCGGCGUCCUUUUCGGCGUAGUUUGUUUCGCGUCGCCGUCCGUUUAGCCAGGAUGGGUCUGCCGACGCUGGAGUUCAGCGACUCGUUCGUGGACAGCCCCGAGUUCCGAGAGAGGCUCCAGUGCCAUGAGAUCGAGCUGGAGAGAACCAACAGGUUUAUCAAAGACCUCAUCAAGGAUGGAAGCAUGCUCAUAUCGGCCCUCAGAAGCCUUUCUCAGGCGGUGCAGCGUUUCUCUCAGUCGCUGCAGGAGUUCCAGUUCGAGUGCAUCGGAGACGCGGAGACCGACGACGAGAUCAAUAUCGCUCAGUCUCUGAAGGAGUUCUCUCAGCUGCUGAGCACCAUGGAGGAGGAGAGAAAGCGUCUGAUCCAAAAUGCUGACGACGUGCUAAUCUCGCCGCUGGAGAGGUUUCGUAAGGAGCAGAUUGGAGCAGUGAAGGAGGGCAAGAAGCAGUUUGACAAGGAGACGGAACGGUACUACUCUGUGUUGGAGAAACACCUUAGCCUGUCCUCCAAGAAGAAAGAAUCGCAGCUACAUGAGGCUGACUCGCAGAUGAGCAAAGAUCGGCAGGUGUUUAACGACGCCUCACUGCAGUACGUCUUCAAGAUCCAGGAGGUGCAGGAGAGGAAGAAGUUUGAGUUUGUGGAGCCGCUGCUGGCCUUCCUGCAAGGCUUGCUGACAUUCUACCACGAAGGCUACGAGCUGGCAAGCGAGUUUGAACCCUACAAACAGCAGCUGCAGUUCAACCUGCAGAAUGCCCGGAAUAACUUUGAAAGCACCCGAGCUGAAGUGGAGCGGCUGAUGAAGAGGAUUCGCUCGGCCGAGGAGGACUUCAAAGCCCCUGGUUGCUUCACCAUGGAGGGCUACCUUUACAUACAGGAGAAACGUCCGUUGGGAAGCGUGUGGACUAGAUACUACUGUACGUAUGAGAAGAGCUCCAAGAUGUUCACCAUGAGCAACACUGAAGCCCGACCGGCCAGCAGACAGAACGGCGUGCUGAACGGGACGCCAGAAAUGUUCAAACUUCGCUCGUGCGUGCGAAGAAAGACCGACUCCAUCGACAAGCGCUUCUGCUUUGACAUCGAAGUGGUGGAGAGACACGGCGUCAUCACUCUGCAAGCACUCUCAGAGGCCAACAGGCGAUUGUGGAUGGAGGCCAUGGAUGGGAAAGAACCUAUCUACACUCUGCCGUCGCUACUCAGCAAGAAGGAAGAGACGUUCCUCAACGAGACAGGCUUCAGCUUUGUGAGGAACUGCAUCGAGCUGGUAGAAACGAGAGGCCUCAACACUUUGGGCCUGUACCGGACCGGGGGAGUUAACUCUAAGGUUCAGCGGCUGAUGACGAGCGUGUUUGCCUCCACUUCUUCUUCAGAUGUGCGGCUUGACGCAGAAGCUUGGGACAACAAGACCAUCACCAGCGGACUGAAGAAUUAUUUUAGGUGCUUGGCAGAACCCGUGCUGACGUACAGACUGCACAAGGAAUUCAUCAAGGCUGCGAAGUACGAUGACCAGAAGCAUCGCGUAAGGGCAAUCCAUGCGCUGGUCCACAAGCUCCCGGAGAGAAAUCGAACCAUGCUGGACCUCCUGACGAAUCACCUCCUCAGGGUGUCAUCCCACUGCGCACAGAACCUGAUGACGGUGUCCAACCUGGGCAUGAUCUUCGGUCCCACACUGAUGAGGUCGCAGGAGGAGACGGUGGCCGCCAUGAUGAACAUCAAGUUCCAAAAUAUCGUGGUGGAGAUCAUUAUUGAGAACCACGACAAGAUAUUUGGAGAGGCUCCUGACCUGUCGCUGCCAUUACCUCCGGCGCCAUCCUCUCGGGCAACCCCUCGGCGCAACAAGGCCAUCUGUCUGUCGUCGGGGAAGAGAAAGGCCCGCCUCUACCCACCUGCUCUCUGCCUGGCAGACAACGACAGUGACUCCUUCAGCAGCAGCAGCCCGGGCACUACCCCCAUGGGCAGCCAGGAGUCACUGUCCUCGCACUCCUCGGAGAAGAACGGCGCGUCACAGACGUCUCCUUCGUCCUCACCUCCCGCCCAGCUCAGCUCCUCAACUCAAGUCCAACCGCCUCCUUCCUGUUCCUCCAACGGAGACGAUAGAAAAUGGGCGACAGACAAGGAGACGGCGUCCGUGGCAUUGUCCGUGUCGUCAUCGGUGCCGUCUCUUCACUCCGCGGCUGAGCGGACGGAAUCCACGGUUUCCCUGUCCUCCGCCAAAGAGUCCAGAUCUCUUUCCUCCUCAUCCACCGUGCAGCUCUGCUCCUCCGGAUCCCCAGCCAGGGAGGCUCGAUCGGUUCCCAGGGCGUCGUCCGUCUCGUCGCUGAAGAGCGCCCAAGACAAGACGAAGGAAUCUUCGUCGCGUCCUCCUCAGCAGCACCGGACAGCGGCGUACAGGACGGCCUCCUCAUCUUCGUCCUCGUCUUCGUCCUUGUUCCCAUACCCGCUGUCCACCUCGUCCUCACUCACCUCUCUGCAUAUCUCAGAAGACUACAGAAGCUGUCACGGCUCCGUGCAGAGUUUAGCGUCGCUGGAUCCGCGAGAGGCUACGCGGACGCGGAAGAACUCCCACCUACGACGAGGCACCAACGUCCUGACCGCACAUUCCUCGUCCACUAACGGCUACCAGAGGCCUGGAUUAGUGUUGUCCAUCCAGGCACAAAAACAGCAACGUGAAAGUUCUCUGUUCUCCUCGGCUUUGGACAUUUGUGGUUCCGGAAGGGACGCGAAAGCUUUGUACUCCUGCGAGGCCGAGCACAGCCACGAGCUAAGCUUUCCACAGGGGGCACUCUUUUCAAAUGUGCAUCCGUCGGUGGAACCGGGCUGGCUCCAGGCGACCUACCAGGGAAGGACGGGCCUAAUACCCGAGAACUACAUCACAUACACCUGACUGUCUGUGAUGGUAUUCCUUCGCAUACUCCUGAACGUCUGUGAUGUCAUCACUCCGCUGCCUGACUUGAAGAAAUCCAUGAAGCAUAUUUGGUUUAUAUUGAAACACGUAGCUGAAAUCACUGAACAGUGCGUCUCGACUGAUUCUCAUGCAUUUACUGAAUUCGUCUCACUGCAGUGUUUUGUUUUACAAUUAAUUGUAAUAAUUUAAGUGUUUCUAUUGGUCCGGAACACUGUCAAUGUUCACACGUGGGAUAUGUGGAAGUGAACUGUUGUGUUGUCUUCCUACUGCUGCCUGAUGUUUUUUCAAGUCCUAAUAAAGGACUUGGACGUUCUUCAUCAAGACUUUGUGGAUUUUUUUUUUUUAUAUUUGUCUUUAUUUCGCUUGUGCAUGGUGGCAGUGAUUGAUCUGGCCUCUGUAUUUUUUUACUUUGUGGAUUAUUUCUACAUCCUGUGAUUGACAGUCAUCCACCCCACGGUGUACCCCACCUCUCACCCAAAGACCACUGGGAUAUGACCCAGUUUACCCGUCACACAGAAGAGGAUAAAGGCCAUUCCACCGAAUCAGUGCCGUUUGCUUAUUGUAACUCUCUCAAAAUAAACUUGAAUUUCUGUCUUUUCAAAACUCCAAAUCUGAUAAA